CUACAGUUCCCGGAAGUUGUACUGCCAGAUGAGGGACCGUGUUGCAUUGGAACUCAGUGUUGUUGGGUCCAGCAUGGAGGAGGAAGAGUUGGAGUUUAUUGAUGAGCUGGAGGAUGUUUUGCAUCUCACCCCUGAAGUGCAACAGGCUAUCGAACAGGUGUUUCCCAGUCAGGAUCCCCUGGAUCGAGCAGACUUUAAUGCUGUGGAGUACAUAAACUCACUGUUCCCAACAGAACAGUCUUUAUCAAACAUAGAUGAAGUUGUGAAUAAGAUCAGACUGAAAAUAAGACGGUUAGAUGAUAAUAUUCGAACAGUGGUAAGAGGACAGACCAAUGUUGGGCAAGAUGGAAGACAGGCCCUAGAAGAAGCACAAAAGGCAAUUCAACAACUUUUUGGAAAAAUAAAAGACAUUAAGGAUAAGGCAGAAAAAUCUGAACAAAUGGUCAAGGAAAUAACUCGGGACAUCAAGCAGCUGGAUCAUGCAAAACGCCACCUGACCACUUCAAUCACCACCCUAAAUCACCUUCAUAUGCUGGCAGGAGGUGUGGACUCCUUGGAAGCAAUGACUCGGCGGAGACAGUAUGGAGAGGUAGCCAACCUUCUACAAGGAGUUGUAAACGUGCUGGAACAUUUCCAGAAGUACAUGGGAAUUCCUCAAAUCCGUCAGCUCUCUGAAAGAGUAAAAGCUGCUCAGACGGAACUGGGACAGCAGAUUCUAGCAGAUUUUGAAGAAGCUUUUCCUUCCCAAGGUACAAAGAGAACAGGAGGUCCUAGCAGUGUCCUGAGAGAUGCUUGCCUAGUUGCUAAUGUUUUAGAUCCACGCAUCAAACAAGAAAUCAUAAAACUGUUCAUCAGACAGUACCUAUCUGAAUACCUGGUAUUGUUUCAAGAAAAUCAAGAUGUUGCCUGGCUGGAUAAAAUUGAUCGACGUUAUGCUUGGAUAAAACGACAACUUGUAGAAUAUGAAGAGAAAUAUGGACGUAUGUUCCCAGCAGAAUGGUACAUGACUGAGCGCAUCACUGUUGAGUUUUGUCAUAUAACCAGGGCAGAGCUGGCUAAAAUAAUGCGAACAAGAGCACGAGAAAUUGAAGUGAAGCUGCUGCUGUUUGCUAUUCAAAGGACUACUAACUUUGAAGGACUGCUUGCCAAACGUUUUACUGGCUGCACACUAAAUGAUGGUGCAGGGAAGAAGCCAGAAUUGCCUCCUCCUUCCCUGAAUCCUUUCCUUGAUGAUGAAAUAGGAUCUGAAGAGUUAGAAAAAGAGGGAGAUUUAGACAAGUCCAAGAAGCCAAAGGCACCAGAGAAUCCAUUCCAUGGAAUAAUAUCAAAAUGCUUUGAACCCCACUUGUAUGUGUACAUAGAGUCUCAAGACAAAAACCUUGGUGAACUGAUUGAUAGAUUUGUGGCAGACUUCAAAGCCCAAGGUCCUCCAAAACCAAAUACAGAUGAAGGUGGUGCUGUUCUUCCCAGCUGUGCUGACCUUUUUGUAUAUUACAAGAAAUGCAUGGUGCAGUGCUCGCAACUUAGUACCGGUGAGCCCAUGGUUGCACUGACCACUAUAUUCCAGAAAUACCUUCGGGAGUAUGCUUGGAAAAUUCUGUCUGGAAACCUUCCCAAAACACAAAGCUCUAGUAGUGGAUUGACAAUCACUAGCCUGUUGAAGGAAAAGGAGGGGUCUGAGGGUGCCAAGUUCACAGUGGAAGAACUCUGUCUGAUAUGCCGAAUACUCAGCACUGCAGAGUACUGCCUAGCAACAACACAGCAGCUUGAAGAUAAAUUGAAGGAGAAGGUGGACACAAGCCUGAUGGAAAGAAUUAAUCUUACUGGGGAGAUGGAUACGUUUAGCACGGUGAUCUCUAACAGUAUACAGCUUCUAGUGCAGGACCUGGAUGCAGCAUGUGACCCUGCAUUGACUGCCAUGAGUAAGAUGCAGUGGCAGAAUGUGGAACAUGUUGGUGACCAAAGUCCAUAUGUCACCUCAAUAAUCUUACAUAUCAAGCAAAAUGUUCCCAUUAUCCGUGAUAAUCUAGCCUCAACCCGGAAGUAUUUCACUCAAUUCUGCAUUAAGUUUGCAAACUCCUUCAUCCCAAAGUUUAUCAGCCAUUUAUUCAAGUGCAAGCCAAUCAGCAUGGUAGGAGCGGAACAGCUGCUCUUGGACACUCAUUCCCUGAAGACUGUUCUCUUGGAUCUUCCUUCAGUUGGGUCCCAGGUGCUGCGAAAGGCUCCUGCCAGCUAUACAAAGAUUGUUGUGAAAGGCAUGACUCGUGCUGAAAUGAUACUAAAGGUUGUAAUGGCACCUCACGAGUCAUCUGUGGUAUUUGUAGAUAAUUAUAUCAAACUGCUUGCUGAUUGCAACACAGAGACCCUCCAGAGGAUCCUUGACAUGAAGGGUCUGAAAAAAAGUGAACAAAGUACUAUGCUGGAACUCUUCCGUCAGAGGCUGCCAGCACCAAAUGCUGGAGGAGAUGUUACCACUUCCAUAUCACUGCCUACUCCAACACCUGAACAGGAAUCCUCCAGGAUUCGCAAACUGGAAAAACUAAUUAAGAAGAGACUGUAACCAUAAGCAUGGAAGCUUCUACUUCCCCGAGUAGUGGCAUCCAUUCACAACUAUGUGCAACUCCCAGUUUUUGCCAUAUGUGGCGUAAAUGAGGCACAUAAAUACAGCUGUCACUCCUGUAUUGGAUUUUUUGAGUGGUAUAGGAGUACAGCUGAAAUGUGUUAGAUUUGGGUCAGAAUUCCUUAGUUCUGUUCCAAAGGAUGAAUUUUUACUUUGUAGAUAGAAACUGUAAAAGAAGUGUCAGACAAAAAAAAUGAAUGAAUAUUGUAAAGUAAUAACUGUAUUUAUACUUCUAAACAAGGAACUGUCAGACAGCCGAUCUACCUUAUGUUGGGACUGUCUGAACAUCUCUUUUCACUCCAUUGAAGCCUGCUAGGACACUACUGCAGUUCAGUCAUACCCUUACAGCUACUGACUCUGCAGUCACACAAGGAUCCCUUUGUGUAUCACCCUCCAAGGAUAUGACCUUUAGAUGGAACUCUUUGUUGUACCCCUGCCUGCCCCCCCCCCCCGGAUUUUGACCUUUUAGAUGGAUCUCUAUAAUUUUGGCUGUAGAUCAAGCUUGAUAGACAUUGUUGCAGAGGCAAGUCUUGGGAUUGUCAGGACUGUCAUACUAGCUGGCUUACCAGAGGUUGCCAUUCAUUUUUCUAGUUAUCUUGAGAACAUAACAUGUAAAGAUGCUACCUGCUGCACACAUAGUUAGGUGUCGUAACUUUAGACCUUCUAGCGUCUGCUGAGUCCUCAUUGUACCAGUCAGUAUUCUGUGUUUCCUGUAGGGCAAAAGAUCUGCCAUGAUUAGUUUGUCUUGAUCUUGCGAGAACCUAAAUGAUCCCUGAUUCCAUAUUGCUGGCAUCACAGGUAGAAGUAUAACAGCUAUAUCAGUGGGAUAAGUAUGAAUGUUCUGAAUGAAAAAAUCACAUCUGGCUUUAAAGUAUCAUCUGUAGCAGGGAAAUUAAAUUGGUGAGCAGUAGACUCUACAUUUAAGUGACAGAGCAUGCUCCUUCUAUGUUUUGUUGAUUAAUCUGCAUAACUGUAAAUUAAGAAUUUAUCUUUCCAAGGCUUGGCCCUUCCUUAUGAGUCUGCCAUUUAUUCAAAACACAGAUAAGAGAUGGCACUUGUUGGGUCCUAGCUUCGUACCUGAAUGACUUUUCAGGGGAUAAUUAUCAAAACUUAUAGACAUUCACACUACACUAUAAAAGUAUGUGAAUUGCAGGAACAGGGACUAAAACGUGAAAGUCACCAAGUCACUUUGCCAAUUGCCCGAGGCAGUAGUGAUCUUGAGGUUAGAACAAUAAGUGUGGGGCAUUAAAGGGCAGCUGGGCCAUGUGGAGGAGGCACAGGAGGUAGAAUCCUGUGUACUGAAAACAUAGGUGUUGUAAUUUAUUCUGUAUGCAUGCUAAAAUUCCAUGAUUCGGAAAUAUGUUGAAAAGCCAUUCAUUAGUCACUCACAAUUCCACAGGCCUUAGUAAACUGCCAUGUGUGUUGUAAGUGUCUCUGCUGCAAUAUGAAUUCUAAUCCAUGGGAGUUCGCUGAAAGUGGAUGUUUGUUCUUCAUUGCGGACAUCCAGCCUGACCUGUGCUGUUCCUUUACCAAAGGAUGGUGUUCUGUCACACAACCAAAAGGACAAGCAACUCACAUAAUUUAAAAAAAAAAUUUUUGCCACAAAAAGCAGUAUGCUGUCAGUCUUUUCAGGGUAAUUUCCAGAGAACAGUAAGUACCCGAUUUGUGGCCCUUUUUAUUAAAGUGUUUGGAAUAGUUUUCCUUGCAACUUGGAUGUGAAACUCUAAAAGUUGUGAGGUCCAUGUUAGAACAGUUAACUAAUGAGUAUGAAUGUGGAAGGCAAGUUCUGGCAAAGGAUUUUUACUUGAAAUUAUUUUUUUUUUUGGAAGAAGAGCAAGUAUCCUGCUAGCACUGCAUAGUUUUCAGUAAGAUACUACUGUAACAAGGAAACAAUUUGAAGACCUACCUUUUCCAGAACAAGCUUGAGGCCUUGAUUUAGGCAACGGUCAUUGUGAAUUUCCUAGUGGUCCUAAGACCAGAAACCUUGGGAAAAUAGAGCAACCAAGGAAACUAGUUGUGAAGGAAAUUGUAGUCAGGGAGCAUGGGGGCUUAGUGACCCUGCCAGUCCCAACAAGACCUGAGGAUGUUGGACCUUUUUUAGAUUUGCCUUGUACACUCACAUGUCACUGACUAGUGUUUGCUUGUUCCUAGCUGCCCUGGUCCCUCCUAAGGCAGAUAGUGGCUUUAGGACUCUUGCUGCUGUGUUGGCCUCUGCUGAGGUGUUCAAGAUGUGUAGCUCAGAUGCCAGUUCCCACACAUCUGCAAAAGGCAUCUUUUCCUCUCUCUGAAUUAUGUGAGUCUGUGCACACGCUUGCUAUAUUAGUUGAACUAAUUCAUGACCCUGGCCUUUUUGACAAUUGACACUGAAAGCGUUCCCUGUUUGGGUGGGGAGGGAUGUCUUUUGUUAGUGAUGUAGGCCCAACACCCACCAUUUCAGUACUGCAUGUCAGAGGUACCUUCCUCUAAGAAGAGAUGAGAAUCAUUUCCCCCAGAUUUCUUGGAUUCUAAGUUUGAAAUGGAAGACCCUUCCUUAUCCUCACAAAUUUCCUUCCCCAUGGGGCAACACAUAGAUGUUGAGAAAAGUCUUUCUUUGGUCUGCCCUUUGGAGAGAUUUUGAACCUCAUGAAGGAAUAUUUUAAGUGAGGUUCCAAUUAGGUAUCAGAAUCUAAGAAAAUCUACUUGAUGUUUUUGGUGUAUAUAUUUUUCUAAUGUGCUGGGGGGGGGGGGGUUCAAGCUAGAUAAAAGACACUGUAUGCUUCCCAUUGUUAAGGCGACCAGGGUCUUAGCCCAUUUUGGAAAGAACAUGUAUACUUCUGCCUUGGAAAAUAAGACUGUCAAAUGCCAGAUAAAUGUAAUAAAGUAUCUGGGUGAGCUCAUCUAGUGGAUAAAGGGCAUGACUUUAGAGGUCACAGAUGAGACUUUGAAAUAAAAGUUGCAAACUAACCCAAACUGCUUCUAAAAUGGGCAAGCAUACCUUUAAAUGUGAAUAAUUAUGUAGUAAAUGCUUGUAGCAGUUCAUUAGCAACUGGUACUGCGAUUAGAAAGCGUGUUUGGCUAAUAUUACAGACUGUACCAGAAGGAUGUUAAGUGGCAGUCACUAAAUGCCCCUAAGGGUAAGAUGUUGCUUUCUUGUCCUCCAUUGCAGGAGCCUUUCAAAAAAGGUGAGGGGAAGAGAAGAGAAAAACUAUAAAAUCAGUGAAGCAGUUCCAUCUGCCCAUUCCAAGGUGUGAUAGAAAUUAUUCAGUUAAACAGUGACCCUUUUGCAAAAAAAAAAAAAAAACAAACCAAGGUAGAACAGUUUAAGUAAAAAGGGCCUUUGAGAAACAAACAUGCCUGAAUAAAUGGCAGAAUCAAGAGAAGGUAAGUAGCCUCUCCCUCAAAAAGACCAUUAUUAACUGUGCUCCCAGCCUCCUCCCCUGUUCCUUUGGCAGGCAAGACAUCUCAUUUAAAGGAGAACUGGUGCAUCCUGACUACUGAUAGGUGUGUUAGGAAAAUUACAUUAAUUAGCUACAAAUUGGAGUUCAAGGCAUUUCUUCCUUUCAAGGAAAUGCAUCUCAUCUCCCAAGAUAGGGCUUAUCUGGUACUCCCUGUAUUAGUUCAUUUCAUUUGUGUGGGGCAGUAAAGAGAGUCCAUCUGGAGGAGUAAGGAAAACAUUUUAUUUCAGGCUGUUUCUCAUUCCGAAGAAAGAUUGCUGUUGGAGAACCAUUCUGGAUCUGUCAUGGCUAAAGAAGCUGUUAAGCUUUGUCAUGUUCAGGGUGCUGACCCUUCAGUCAAUGUUCUGUCUUUUAUCCCAAGGACAUUUCUGGUCACUUUAGACCUAUAGAGUAUAGCCACAAGAAUUACAGACAGGGUGGAACAGGACAACUGUCAGUUUACUUUGUCCCUUUGAGCUGUCCACAGCCCCUUUAUAUUUAGAAAAUGCUUAGUCCUGAUAUUUGUACUUUUAAGGACAUGGGUGCAGUUUCUGUGAUUUGCAUUUUAGACUAAGAUAGCAAUGUCCAGUUAAUUCAUUUUUCUAUGCUGUACAGCAAUGUCAGAAUUAGAAUAUCUAAGUAGUAGGGGUGUUGGGGGCCCAGUUCUCCACAGAGAAAUGAACUCUCAUUGCAGACAUGUUUCUGAAAUGUUUGAUUCAGUUUUGAGGUUUGAUAUUUAAUUAAGCAGUCAGUUUUGUGAUAUCACUUUUUAGUGUCGAUCACAGCUGCAUUGCAUUUAUGUCAUGCAGCUCAUAAGUGACGUACACUUACCCCUACCCAGAUGACUAGCUGAUCCAAGCCACCUACAGCUAAGGGCAUUCAGAGGCCACUGAAGUUUACUGUGUACUGUUUGACCCACCUAGUCAUCGUCUUGAACCUGCUUGAGGUUUUCAUGGGGGCUCUGUUGGAGACAGGCAUUCACCAGCUGUAUUCUCCCAAAGACAGAACACUUUAGUUGAAAGCUUAUUUUGUAGAUCUGGAAACUAGAAACCAUAGCUGUCAGACAGGGUGCUUCUCAGAGCUUUAGGACAUGCAUUCUUUCCAAUAUUAAUUAUCCCUUUAAUCAGGUUGCACAUGACAAAAAUCUGUUGAAACCUCUGGAAGCUUUGUCAGCUGUACAGCCACCCUCUGCAACAGGAGAAUACCUCUCACUCCAUCCAUCAGGAAGGAAUUCUGUUGGUGGGCCAAGUGGCUGGAUUAGAACCAGGGCAUAUCUGUGGUGGUCCAACAAGAGACAAACCCUUGAGACAGAUGCCUUGGACUUUGUACCAGACUGUCAUGCAGAAAUGCAUGGGCAAUGAAUGCUUUUGUCAUCUCUUAGGAAGUGGGCCAUUUGUACAAACUCCCCUUCCCCCAACAUGUUUCAGAAGAUCAGAGUGGACAAAUUUAAGUUUUUUUUUUCUGGUAAGUCCUCAUAUUGCCAAGACAACUGUGGCUCUCCUAGCUUCUGCAGUUAGCAAGGAGGCUCCUUUUUUAUCAGUGCACCUUCUUCACAUUAGACAGAGGAGCCCCUUCCCUCUAGGACAGAAAUAGCCUGGAUCCUGUCAGUCUGAAAUCUUUCAAGGGACAUUUCUCCAAGGAGUUACUGUGCAUCCUGCAUGGUACCUAAAAACCUAGCACUAGGAAGACUUAUUUGCCCAAAUGGAGCAGAUUCUUAUAGUAGUACACUCACAAGGGACUUAACACCCUCAGACUCAAAUCAGCUCAAGACCCUUCAUCAUCUGACAGAGCGUUUGUUUUUUUCACAAGACCAUUUAUAUGUCUCUUAAGUUGCACUUUUUAGACAUUACAGCUCUUCUUCCCAUGGAUCCUGCCUUUUUUAGUUAUGCAAUGCUUACAAUUGAUGUUGCACUUAAGACCCAACCACUGAAAGCCAACACUUUCUCCAUAGGACCUUAAUUUUGUGAUACAAAAAUUAACCUUAGUUUCCACUGAGCCUAGCUCCCCAAUGUCUGUCAAGUGUUUGCUUUGAAAAACUUAUUUCUGGUAGCUGCCAUAUCAUAUAGAGGAAUAUAUGAGCUGUAGGCCCUUGCAUGUAAAGAUCCUUGUACUUCUUUUCAUAUGAUAAUGUGAAUCAUAGAACCAAACAUUAUUUCAUGCCAAAAGCUGCCUCUGAGCUACCGCUCAACCAAAAUAUCCAGCUUCUUUUUACUGUUGUCCAAACAACAAAUGAAAAGUAUUGCAAGCUACUCUUCCUUUUAGCUGUGCAUCAGAAACAAUGUCCUGAGAAAGAAAGAGCGCUAAAGACAUCUGACAUGAAGGACAGAUAUCCAUCUUCCAUUAAUUCCCAUGGAUAAAGAUUUGUAUUGCAGUAGUGCUAUCUGUACUCAAACUUCCACAGUUAUGGUGAGUUACUCACACAGCUGUGAUUUCCUUACAUUGGAACUUCACUCAUACUGUGACAUUCACUUCAUAUUGUUUCUGCCAGAAUUAUUUAGACACCUCAGAAGUCUGUUCUCAGUCCUAAACUCAUUCUCCUGUUGUAAGAGAUUUCUUUUUUUUCUAUUUGACUUCAUGCUGCAGAAUGAGUUAAUAGUUUAAUGGACUGGAAUGUGCUGUAUUUACAAACAUUUAACUAGGUGGUGGUUGUUCAGAAAUGUAGGUGUUGCAAGUCUGUCUCUGAAUAAAAAAAAAAUGGGCUUAAAAAAGAUCCACUAAAUUGUGAUGACUUAAUGUCUGGUUACUGCAUUGCCAUUUGUAAUUCUUCCCAAAAUCAAUGGAUAUGAUCAUAGUCCAAGGCUGUUUAUAUGAGUAUCAGUGGGGAGUGCACUAUGUUUGCAGUUUUCCAGGUUUUUCUACUGUCAACCCUUUCGUGCAUUUCUGUCUUGCUUCUGUAACCCCGUGACUUAGUGGAUAGGAUAUUGCUUCAGGCAGUGCCGUUUACUGAAAGUGUAAAUUGCAAGGCCAGGUUUUGCAACAGCUCUUUUGUAAUCUGUUUGUCAAGAUACACUAUUCAGCAGAAAGCUAGUGUUGUAUAAAUAUGCAACCAUUCUUACUGUGCUCGAUAUGCAGCCAUUGUGCAUUGCUGUUUUUAAAAGCAAAAACAAAUGUAGCCUGCACACUGUAUUUUAAGAACAAUAUGCUGAAACAUUUAUUUACAUUGUCUUUGUCUAUCUGUACUCAUUUUGGCAGCCAUAGGGUCAUUGUGAAAAUGACUUUUAUUAUGGUUAGUGCAUUUUGAAUUAAGUUGUAUUGGUCAAAGCAGCUGGUUGGUGAAGGAGUUGGCAGUCAGGAGAAAGAAAGGUUCAUUUUAUCCACACCAUCUCAACCCUCAACCACAAUGGCUAAUCCAUAGAUGUCCCACCGUCAGCAGCCUUCUGACUGUGGGAGAGUUGCACUUGUUUUCUACCAUGUCAUAACUGUCAUUGUGAUAACCAUGGGAAGUGACAUGUUAUUGAAGGGUAUUCUGAAGACUUAGGUUUUGUGUAUCAAAGUAUUCUUAGAACCUUUCUAUUUGCUACCCCCUGGUGCAAAAGUGCCUGGUACUGACUAGGAAUCCAUGGCCAUGGGGAGAACUGUCACUGUGCUUGGCAGUGCACUUAGUCUGAGAAGGACUGGGAGGUGUUUUCUCCACAUCAGACAAACUUACGCUUUCAAGGAUAUAGAUGCCUGCUCCUUCUGUAAUGUGAGCUGGGGCUGUUAAAGGGCCAGCACUGUCACCAUUUCUGCCAGUGAAACGAGUCUGAUACUCCAGAAGCCAUCUAAGUAAUGCCCAAUGUCCUUCUUGCCAAGAUCCAGAUAUGUUACAUGUCUGUGUCAGGAUCCAAACUGGUAUAUUGAAUAUGUAAUGAAAAAUGAGGUAAAUUUGCAUGCACACACUAUAGCACCACUCUAUUUCAAAGAAAUGAGAGCCCCCCCUAGAGGUAGGGGCCCUACCUCAACCUUUCAAGAUGCAUUUUAUCUGGGUCAAAUUAACAUUAAUAAAAUAAACAAUAGCUUGCUUUCCCCUACUGUGUAGCUUGUGCUCAUUUCAUAAGUUCUCUUUAUUACUAAUUUUCUGUUUGAUUUAAAAAUUGGUUCAGCAUAAGUGUCAGGUUCACUGUCCCCAUGUCAUGCCAUCCAUAAAUUGGAAUAUUCUUGCUAGAUAUAUUAUGCCUCUUCAUAAGUUUAUUAUUGUAUUCCUUGCAUUUGACUGAGGCUUUAUGCUAUACUAACCUGUAGAAGUUAAGAACACUAACUUACACAGAGCUGUGAGCAGAAGCCCUGUCCUGAAUAUAUCAAUGUUUUGGUUGCUUCUCCUUUGCCCUUAUCCAUUUCUUUCCUUGUGUAUUCCAGGGAGAUUUGAUCUGCUGUGGUUACUUGCAGCAUGCAGUUGAGUCACACAUUGUGUUCCAGGACUUUGGCAUCUUCACCAAGAAGUGCUGUUUUCUGAAAUAUAACUUGACAUUUGUCUUAUUUUUCAGUUGUUAUGUAUGAUCCACCCCCUUUUCCUUUCUCUUUUGCUUUACUUUCUAUUUCAAACAAUGCAGCAUGUCAAAAAUCAUACUGUCUCAGUCUUUGCUCAUACAAGCCCCUCCAUACUUAUUUGAUCACCUUAGUUUCCUCAGCUUUGGCCAUGUACAAUAAAAGGAUAAUGUCAACAUCUGUGGCAUCCAGUUCUUGUACUGUGCACCCCAGAAUUUUAUUGGGUUUCACUACUUUCCUUUCUCCUUAGCUAGGAGUCCCCAAAUUUCGCCUCAAAGAGGACUCAACUCACCACAUUCAGCUCACUGGGAAGUCAACCUGAUUUUUUUUUUCAAAUGAGGCUUUGAACCCCCCACAUCCUCUGAACUUGUAUGUACUAGCUCCACAAUUGCACAGACACUAGAGAAAGAAGAAAUUCAUUUAACAAAAGGAAUCACUGCUGGCCCACACUUAGAAACUGCACUGGCAGUGUUUUUCUGUGGGGAACAAAGAAGUCUGGGAGUGCAAAGUCAGGGAGCUGUACUUGACCAGAAGGAACCACAUUAAUUUUACACUUGACAAGCUAUAGUAAAGCUAGUCCUUUAAUAUUUCAUAACAUAAUUCAGCUUAGGGAGUGAUUUUUAUCCCCAGAUAAUUUUUGUUUCCUGUGUCCUACUUCACCACAGCAAGACUGUUUUCCAUAGGGUUCCUGCACCCAAUAAUGCAUAACUUUUGCAAAGUUUAACAGCCCAUAGUAAAAGCCACUACAGGUAUGAGGAGAAUGCCAUCCUCAUUUCCAUGGCUGCUAUAGCAGUUUUUGUCUUUGCACUGUAUGUAUUACUCUUGCUUUACAUUGACUUUUCUCUUCACAUUUCCGUAGCCACUACCAUCUGUUUCUGUUUCUGCUCAGCAUACCAGUUUCCACUUCAGUCUGUCAUUUUGGCCCCUACUCCCCUUACCUUUUAAUUUGUCUACCAGCUUUCUCUGAAUCAGAGUAUCAAAGGCCAUGCUGAAUUCAAGAUGCAACAUUUGCAUGGAAUGUCCCCUGUCCCUUGUACAGGAUUUUUUCAAAGACCUUUCCUGUUGGGGAAGUGAGUCUAACAGACCUGCAGUUAACUAGUUCAUGACUAGGCCCACCUUUUUG